AUGAACAUUUUCAGAUUUCUAGGCGACUUGUCCCACUUGGCAAGCAUCUUCAUACUAUUAUACGCAAUCGAAACCAACAGAUCCAUAAAUGGGCUUUCGCUCAAGACGCAAGCGCUAUACGUGUUGGUGUUCUUGACGCGAUACUUGAACUUGUUCACCAAGUUUUACUCGGUAUACAACAGCUUGCUCAAGAUUAUCUUUAUCGCGAGCUCGAUAUACACCGUCUACGUCAUGGUGUACAAGUAUCCCAAGACUAUCACGAAUCACGUGGACACUUUCCCCGUGAGAUACUUGAUUGGCGGUGCUGCGCUAGCGAGCUUGAUCUUUACGCACAAGUACACCCCGGGAGAGAUCAUUUGGAGUUUCAGUUUGUGGCUUGAGGCCGUGGCCAUCUUGCCGCAGAUGUUCAUCUUGCAACGCACGGGCGAAGCUGAAAACAUCACCACCCACUAUAUUUUCGCGUUGGGGUUAUAUCGUGCGUUGUACAUCCCCAAUUGGAUCUAUAGGUAUUUUGCCGAGAACCAUUUCGACUAUGUCUCGGUGUUGAGUGGAUUGUUGCAAACGGCCAUUUAUUCUGAUUUCUUUUACAUCUACUAUACUAAGGUUAUGAAGGGCAAGAAGUUUGAAUUGCCAGUAUAA